AUGGAGGCUCUUGAAGUUGAUGACAUUAGCCCUGCCUUGGAAGUGACUGAAGACUUUUUCAAUAGUUUUGAUGCUAAGCUUGAAAAGAUCGUGCAGCCCUCUGAGGUGUACAGUGUACAGGAGGUCCCCGAACUGGUUGGGCACGAGGUAUUUGAUCAGAUAACAGAGAGCAGGAACCUGAGGAACGUUGCCUCCUUAGCCAAAAGUACCCUCAUCUGGGAUCACUGCAAAAAUGGCCUCUUGGAAACCAAAGCUCAGACAGCAUUCCCUGCCAAAGACCAGCGCGUGGUGCAGAGGGGAACAGCUGCUGACAACCUUGCUUGGGCAGGGGAAGGGGAGACCGCAGCUUUUAACAUCUUCAGUAUUUGCCAGCGGAGGAGAGACAGGCCUCGCUCAGUGAAUGACAUCCUGGUGCAGAAUGAGGAAACCUCCACAUUCAAGCCAGGACACAACCGCUCACGCUCCGACAUCAGCCAUGUAAACUGGGGAGUGGUCUUCACGGGCACGUCCCUGCAGCAGCCACCUGCGCCUGGUCAGGACAAUAACUGUGCUCUGCUCUCUUACCUGGCACUCACCAAGGGAGAGGACAUCCAAGGAAACACAGAACACAAGCCAAUGUUCCCAAAUAUUCUGAAGAAGGGAUACUUAGAAAUCAGAAGAGACAAUGACAGCUACUGGCAAACCUGUUAUGCUGAGCUCUCUCCGUAUAAACUGUACCUGUAUUGCUUGGACAGCAGUGGCAACCAGACUCUCCCCACCGUGUAUCCACUCAUGCAUUUUCAGAGAGUCACAGUUACUGGUUGCAUUGAAACCAAGGUGGUGGACGCUGUCCUGUCAGACAACUCUCAGCUACAGCUGAAGGCCGAGUCCUCAUGGGAGGCUUUGGACUGGGGACAGAAACUCUGGGAAGGAGUGCGUGCUUCUGUGCCUGCUUUCACGAGACAGCAGGAGAAACUGGAGAACGUGCCAAAGCCUGAAAAUAACAGUGACCUUUCUCAAACUAAUGGAUUGUUGGAGAAGCCAAUGGAGCUCUUCCUAUCCAUGAAUUUGACUGAAAACACUAAAGAGUACCAAAAUAUUCUCAAAUCAGGGACUCUUUACAGGUUAACUGUCCAGAACAACUGGAAGGCAUUUACUUUUGUCUUGAACAGAUCUUAUCUCAUGGCAUUCCAACCGGGUAGGCUUGAUGAAGAUCCCCUGCUGAGCUACAAAGUCGAUGUGUGCCUGUCUGUCCAGACAGAUACUCAGGAUGGCUGUGACUCUUGCUUUCAGGUCAUUUUUCCUCAAGAUGUCCUCCGCCUGCGUGCAGAGACCCGUCAGAGAGCCCAGGAGUGGAUGGAGGCACUGAGAGCAGCAGCCAAUGCUACUCGCAGUUUAACUCAGAACCCACAGGUCACACUUAGGAACAAGCCUGGAGAUCGGCCCUUUGGAAAUGAUCUUAGGAAGAGCAAGCGCCAGUCUGUGACCACCAGCUUCCUGAGCAUCCUGACCACGCUGUCUCUAGAGAGAGGGCUCACAGUUCAGAGCUUCAAGUGUGCAGGCUGUCAGCGCUCCAUAGGCUUGUCCAGUGGGAAAGCCAAGGUGUGCAGCUACAGCGGAUGGUAUUACUGCAGCACCUGCCACGUGGAUGACUGCUUCCUCAUCCCUGCACGGCUGGUUCAUAACUGGGACACUUCCAAAUACAAGGUAUCGAAGCAAGCCAAAGAGUUCCUGGAAUAUGUUUAUGAGGAGCCAUUGAUUGAUAUCCAGCAGGAAAAUCCUAUGUUGUACAAGCACGUUGAAUCUCUGGCAACUGUUGUCCGCCUGAGACAGCAGCUAAAGUCUCUCCGAGCCUAUUUGUUCAGCUGCAGAGCAGCAGUGGCUGAAGAUCUGCGUAGAAGGAUCUUUCCUAGAGAGUAUCUUCUCCAGCAAAUCCAUCUUUAUUCUCUCGCAGACCUUCAGCAGGUUAUUGAAGGAAAGCUGGCUCCUUUCUUGGGGAAGGUGAUAAAGUUUGCCACCUCUCAUGUGUACAGCUGCAGCCUUUGUAGUCAAAAGGGUUUCAUCUGUGAGAUUUGCAACAAUGGAGAAAUCCUUUACCCCUUCGAGGACAUUUCUACAAGCAGGUGUGAAAGCUGUGGUGCUGUCUUCCACUCUGAAUGCAAAGUGAAGGCUGUACCAUGCCCCAGGUGUGUGCGUAAAGAAUUGCAGAAGAAGCAGAAAUCCUUCUGGAGGCGACUAAAUAUGGAUGAAAACUUCGAAGAGUCUUGCAACAUGUUUGAGUUGUCAUAUCAGAACACAUGA